AUGGCGCACCUGCGUGUCAAGACGCCUGUGUCCCCAGCCCAGUCCUCCGAGCGCUCCAGGCGGCCGCAGCCGGGCCUGUUCCCCGGGCCGCCAGACGGGGGCAGCGUCGCACCACGGCUGCCCUCGGGCGCGCAGCGGCCCCGCCUCGGCAGCGGGGGUGGGGGUGGGGGGCUGCGUCCGCCGCCUGUACCCCUGCCGCCUGUGCCCCUGUACCUGUGCCCCCUGUGCCCCUGCCCCCUGUAUCCCUGCCGCCUGUACCCCUGCCGCCUGUGCCCCUGCCACCUGUGUCCCUGCCGCCUCCGCCUGUACCCCUGCCGCCUGUGCCCCUGUACCUGUGCCCCUGCCCCCUGUAUCCCUGCCGCCUGUGCCCCUGCCCCCUGUGCCCCUGCCCCCUGUAUCCCUGCCGCCUGUGCCCCUGCCCCCUGUACCCCUGCCACCUGUACCCCUGCCACCUGUGCCCCUGCCACCUGUGCCCCUGCCACCUGUGCCCCCUGUACCCCUGCUGCCUGUGCCACUGCUGCUUGUACCCCUGCUGCCUGUGUCCCUGCCGCCUGUGCCCCCUGUACCCCUCCCGCUUGUGCUUCUGCCACUUGUACCCCUGCUGCCUGUGCCCUGCCACCUGUGCCCCCUGUACCCCUCCCGCUUGUGCCCCUGCCGCCUGUGCCCCUGCCCCCUGUACCCCUGCCGCCUGUGCCCCUGCCCCCUGUACCCCUGUCGCCUGUGCCCCUGCCACCUGUGUCCCUGUCGCCUGUGCCCCUGCCACCUGUGCCCCUGCCGCCUGUACACCUGCCGCCUGUGCCCCCUGUACCUCUGCUGCCUGUGCACCUGUUGCCUGUGCCCCUGCUGCCUGUACCCGUGGCCUGUGCCCCUGCCACCUGUGCCCCUGUGCCCCUGCCACCUGUGCCCCUGCCGCCUGUACACCUGCCGCCUGUGCCCCCUGUACCUCUGCUGCCUGUGCACCUGUUGCCUGUGCCCCUGCUGCCUGUACCCGUGGCCUGUGCCCCUGCCACCUGUGCCCCUGUGCCCCUGUCGCCUGUGCCCCUGCCCCCUGUAUCCCUGCCACCUGUACCCCUGCCACCUGUGCCCCUGCCACCUGUGCCCCUGCCACCUGUGCCCCCUGUACCCCUGCUGCCUGUGCCACUGCUGCUUGUACCCCUGCUGCCUGUGUCCCUGCCGCCUGUGCCCCCUGUACCCCUCCCGCUUGUGCUUCUGCCACUUGUACCCCUGCUGCCUGUGCCCUGCCACCUGUGCCCCCUGUACCCCUCCCGCUUGUGCCCCUGCCGCCUGUGCCCCUGCCCCCUGUACCCCUGCCGCCUGUGCCCCUGCCCCCUGUACCCCUGUCGCCUGUGCCCCUGCCACCUGUGUCCCUGUCGCCUGUGCCCCUGCCACCUGUGCCCCUGCCGCCUGUACACCUGCCGCCUGUGCCCCCUGUACCUCUGCUGCCUGUGCACCUGUUGCCUGUGCCCCUGCUGCCUGUACCCGUGGCCUGUGCCCCUGCCACCUGUGCCCCUGUGCCCCUGCCACCUGUGCCCCUGCCGCCUGUACACCUGCCGCCUGUGCCCCCUGUACCUCUGCUGCCUGUGCACCUGUUGCCUGUGCCCCUGCUGCCUGUACCCGUGGCCUGUGCCCCUGCCACCUGUGCCCCUGUGCCCCUGUCGCCUGUGCCCCUGCCCCCUGUAUCCCUGCCACCUGUGCCCCUGUCGCCUGUGCCCCUGCCGCCUGUGCCCCUGCCGCCUGUGCCCCUGCCAUCUGUGCCCCUGCCGCCUGUACACCUGCCGCCUGUGCCCCCUGUACCUCUGCUGCCUGUGCACCUGUUGCCUGUGCCCCUGCUGCCUGUACCCGUCGCCUGUGCCCCUGCCACCUGUGCCCCUGUACCUGUGCCCCUGUGCCCCUGCCCCCUGUGCCCCUGUCGCCUGCGCCCCUGUCACCUGCACCCCUGCCACCUGUACCCCUGUCGCCUGUGCCCCUGCCGCCUGUACCCCUGCAACCUAUACCCCUGUCGCCUGUGCCCCUGUCGCCUGUGCCCUCUGUGCCCCUGCCCCCUGUAUCCCUGUCACCUGUGCCCCUGUCGCCUAUGCCCCCUGUACCUCUCCCGCUUGUGCUUCUGCCACUUGUGCCCCUGUCGCCUGUGCCCCUGCCGCCUGUGCCCCUGUCGCCUGUGCCCCUGCCGCCUGUGCCCCUGCCCCCUGUGCCCCUGCCGCAUGUGCCCCUGCCGCCUAUGCCCCUGUACCUGUGCCCCUGCCACCUGCACCUCUGCCCCCUGUGCCCCUGCCGCCUGUGCCCCUGUCGCGUGUGCCCCUGCUGCCUGUGCCCCUGCCGCCUGUGCCCCUGCCGCCUGUGCUCCCGCCGCCUCUUGGCCUCUCAGGCUCCGCAGAUGGCAGCCUCUCCUGA